AUGAACCUAUUGGAUAAUAUUUCGCUUAUGGACAGCGACGUUGAUAGAGCCUGGAGGCUACAUCCAAUGGGCCGAAUACGAUCUGGCUUCAAGGUAAUCGUUGCCAGUAUUGUUCAUGCCCAAUCCUCCAACUCUUCCGCAAACCUCGCCGCCGCAAUCGACGCACCUACUAGACAGAAUGAUACUAGAAUGCAUCCAAAGUGGGUUGCCGAUCUGCCCAGGACGUUUCGCGAAGGUGGAUUGAUAGAUGUCUUCGAACACCGGAAAGGAACAGAUCUCACGCAUCUACUGCUACACAAUGAUGUCAUUCUGUUGGCACUUGAGGAGAUGAGCUAUCGUGCUUUGGACCGUCUAGGUGAUGGCAAAGGACAAGCUCUCCGCGAGAGCCUCAUCAAAGCGGACCUGGAGUGUCGGAAAGGUGUUGCCAUUAACCAAGACAGAGUCACAGUCAUUGGAAGAAGACCUCUAUAG